AUGGAAAAUAUUCACGAAAACCAGAGAGGAGAAGUGUUACCCUACCAAUUUGAGCCAGAACCUCCUGCAGAAACAAGCGAUAUUAGCGAUGAUAGUGAUGCCGAACAAAGUAGCGAUGAAGCUUCGUCUGACGAAUAUGCCGAUCACGAGUUUGAAAGAGCAAAUGCUUGGCGCCUUCAAGACAUUAGUUGGUGUAAAUGUGGACAUUGCACUAAGUCAACAAAAGCUGUUGAAUGUUUCUGUUGUCAAGAGAAAGCGCUGGAGUACGAUGAGUAUGAAGUACUUCUUGAUCAAACAGAGGCACAAGGUGAAAAAUGUUUGACGCGACAUCCGGAAUUUAUUGAAAAUAUGCUAUCAGAAAGUGUUCUGAAGAUAGAUGUUUGCCAAUAUCUUGAAGAAAACUGGCCUCUCGAUGAUGGAGAUUUGGAAAAAAUGCACAAACUGUAUAGACUAGUGGCGUAUCGUCGAUGUUCUCGCUGGGUUUUUCAAAUCUUGGGGAAAGGGAAACGAAGACCUUUUCCUUCUUGCGUGUAUUCGAAAAUUCGAGAACGCUUCGCUUCGUGUGAUGGCAUUUAUACACAUUUUAAAUACGCUAAAACAUCAAAACGGUAA